AAUUUCUUCGUUAUGUAACACCGAUCAGAAGCCGUAGAUUAGAUUAAGAAACAUAUAACCCGAGAUCAUUGUCAAUCACCCCAAUGUCAUUAUCUCUCUAUCUCCACGCAAUAACAUUACCCCAUUACCAAAUUAAUUUUCAAAUUGCAAAAUUCCUAUUUCUUUAUUUUAUUUUAUCACCACAAAAAAUCGCUCUGCCCUGCUGCACCAUCUGGACUCCUAUAUUUAUUAAACAAUAUAGAAGAAUAACAAUAACAAUAGCAAUCGCAGAAUGACGUAAUUAUAAUUGUCAAUGAAUAAUUCGAGUUUUCAUUUUUUUUUUUUCUUGAAUUUUACUUCCUGGAGCUCGUGACGAGGCGUCGUGGAGAUUAAAUGAAAACGUGUCGGUUUUUGAGGUUCAAGGUCACUGCCACAGCUAGAUGGGCUAUUGUAUUCUAUAGAUAGGAUUGGGUCUAGGAGGGGGCGGUCGAUGUUGGGUGGAGUGGGUGGUAGCAACUUGUGGAAAAACCGCGCCGUCGCUCUCCGGACACCCAAGGAUGGUCGAUAAAUCCAUCAUAUGCACUCACUUACCUGAAAAUAAUUUGAAAAAUCAUUUAAACAACUUAAUGAUCACGCAGAAAUUCCAAUUAUCCAUUCAAUUAUCAUUCAGAUAAAAAGGAUAAUUGGAUUUUUCGCAACUCCUGAAAGUAUUUCCGAUAUUUUCGUGGGAUUUCAACGAGAAAUUCCUCCGGAAGGAACUGCGACGAAAUUCUCCCGGAUGAUUGAUCUCCGGAACUCCCCCAUUCAUCUUCCCCGAUAAAAAAUUAUCCCCGAGAGUUCUAAUUCCCCAGGACAAUGUACGAAAGGAUCGUCCCCCCAAAAACGCGGAUGGAAGAUUCGCAAUAAAUUAUAUCCUCCAGGAUGUAAAAAAAAAAUGUCCACGACGACCGAGACCUUUUCCAGGUAGAACCCCGAGCAAAUGUCACUUGUUGCUCCAGGUAUGCCCCAGGUAUGCAAGCUGCCCGCCCCCAGAAUAAUCGACAAAUCUAAAAUAUCACGGGAUAUAUCAUAAUGAUCCAGUGACUCCACACCCUAUCCCCCGACGAAGGGUUGCCGAUGAUUAUAAAAUAAUAAAUAACGUAUAAUCCGAGUGAGAGGGCUGUCCUGAUACCCUGGGGAGACUGUUGUCCACGUAUUAGAGUGAAUUUAAUCGUAAAGUUGCGUAUCGACCCGGUGGGUGGGCCCUCAGGGGGUGGUAACGCAGAGAGCACUUGUCAGCCUGCGCGAAACCGCUGUAUAUCCGCUUCAAUCGUGCCCGGGAUGCCAUGCCCGAGGCAAGUGCCAGCUCCUCCGGGAAGUCAUUCCUCCAGAAAGCGCGGGGAAAGGUUCUCCGUUGGCUGCGACGUUCACUCCUGACUGCACACCAGACCGACGGAAAUGGCGCGGAAACGGUGCCGGAGUUGGACGAGGAGAUGGAGAAGGUCUUCGCCAUGGACUCUGGUGAGAAAUUCGACGUAGCUAGAUUGGGAUCACCCUCGGAAUCAGCUGGAUCUGAUCGCGAUAGAGAUCGUGGACCACCUCCACGGUAUGGCGAUCAGGUGCUCAAUCAACACCGAAAACGAAGUUAUCCCCAUCCUCACAUGCCACUGAAGAGUUUACACUCGAGAUCAAUGAGAAGGCAUUUGUCAACUGAGGGUUCAACGGAUCAAGAGCCAGACGAGGACAGCGUAACAACGAGAAACGGUGACACAGCUCACAGUGACACCCUGGACGCGCCAUCAGCAGGUGAUGGGACAAUCUCCCCGGAUGACCAGGAGAAUACCCUGAGCAGUGAGUCCGAAGCGCCCUUAUCCGAGCGUGCAGCACUGGGAUACACUGAAUCGCCUCUCCCGGGUGCACCACGUGUUCAAUUCGAGAAAAUCCAGGAAGAGGAUGACCAGUCCCCUCAGAACGAAGAGGCCCUCACCGAGGAGGACCGAAAACGCCGGCACAAGCACGAGCACAAAAGGCAUCACCACAAGUCCCGGAAGUACUCCCUCCAAGAGGAUCCCCAAUGGAGGAAGAGAUCGGGCGCUGGUCUACCGGAUGUGGCUGGACCGAUGGGAAGACGAGUAUCGGUCCAGCCGGAGGAGGCAUCCACCCUCCAGGAGCUGGACAUCGACGACCUGGAGUCCCACCGGAGCGAUGAUCCCCGCGGUAUGCGUCGGCACAAGGCCGCGCACUCGACGGUGCAAAUUGGGAGGAAAAAAGAGGGCGGAAUACCCCACGAGACCUUCAAGAAGAUGUACGAUCACUCGCCCCACGAGGUAUUCGUCCAGCUCGAUGAACUCCACGGGGUGGGUGAGGAGAGGGAGUGGAGGGAGACUGCCAGGUGGAUAAAAUACGAGGAGGACGUCGAAGAGGGUGCAGACAGAUGGGGUAGACCUCACGUGGCAUCUCUCAGCUUUCACUCACUCCUCAAUCUUCGGCGAUGUCUUGAGACUGGAGUUGUCCUGCUGGACCUCGAGGAGAAGGACGUGCCUGGGCUGGCGUACAGGGUAGUCGAGCAGAUGGUCAUCGAGGAGCUCAUUCUCCCCGAGGAUCGACCUGUCGUCAUGAGGGCACUCUUGCUCAGACAUCGACAUGUUCAUGAGCACGAGAGGGGCUUCAGGUUCGGGGGGAAGAGGAAUUACGCAAGCUACACUUCCCUUCAGUCUAUCUGGCUGGAAGAGGAAGAUACUGCGCGGGAGAACACAGAAAACCAUAAUCUGCAGGACGCUAAACCGAAGAUCCUCUCGCCCCAGCUCCCAGACAAUCAUCACACGACCAUCGACAUGAAAGAAGAGAUGACGUACACAAGCAGCAGUAGUGAGGACCUGAAGAAAAAUCGUAACGAGUACAUCCUGAAGAGAAUACCAGCCGGUGCAGAAGCUACAGUUGUUCUCGUGGGUGCUGUUGAUUUUCUCGAUCAACCGACGAUAGCAUUCGUUCGACUCGCGGAGGGUGUUCUUCUCCCUACAAUAACAGAAGUGAAUAUCCCAGUGAGAUUUAUGUUCACCCUCUUGGGACCUCGCAACGCCGACCUGGACUACCACGAGAUUGGUCGAUCAAUUUCAACAUUGAUGGCAAAUACAUCCUUCCACAAGGUCGCUUACAAAGCAACAGAGCGUCGAGAGUUGCUCUCUGCAAUAAACGAGUUCCUGGAUGACUCGAUAGUCUUACCACCUGGGGACUGGGAGCGUCAGGCACUAUUGCCCUUUGACGAGUUGAAAUCCAAAAGCGAGGCGAUAAGAAAUCGAAAGGCCAAGGCACUGGCUAAAGCUGCCAAAGUGGAGAAAGCCAAUGAGUCAGCCCUGAAGAAAGCUCUGCUGGCUGGGGAGGAGGGAAAGCCUCCGGAUGACAGUGAUCCCCUGAGGAGGACUCGGCGGCCCUUUGGAGGUCUCGUCAACGACAUAAAACGACGAUAUCCAUUCUAUCUGUCAGAUUUCACGGAUGGACUGAAUUCUUCUUGUCUAGCUGCUGCCAUUUUCAUGUACUUCGCAGCCCUCUGCGCUGCCAUCACCUUCGGGGGUCUCAUCAGUGACAAAACUCACAAUAUCAUUGGAAUAUCAGAGACUCUCGUCUCCUGCUGCUGGACAGGAGUCAUCAUGGCGUUGUUUUCCACUCAACCCCUGGUGAUCAUUGGCACCACUGGACCACUUUUACUCUUCGACGAGAGUCUCUACAACUUUUGCAAUCAGAAUGCUCUCGAUUUCCUCACGAUGAGGGUCUACGUGGGGGGAUGGAUGGGAAUUAUUGCCCUGACGGUGGCCUGCGCCGAGGGAUCAGUUCUCGUGCGACUAUUCACGAGAUUCACUGAAGAAAUUUUCACGGGUUUGAUAUCUCUACUCUACAUCGUGGAGACAUUCGUCAAGCUCGUUAAUUAUUUCCAGAGAAAUCCAUUGCUCCAUGAGUACUGCUUUGCCUGCGAAAAUGACAACAGCACUUUUCUCAACUCAACGGGUCAGGGUGAGAUGAAUGAGACGUUGAAUUAUGAUUUCUGCUCAAAUGGCACCUUACCCAGGUACAACCCUUCUAUGAUACUCAUCAAUCAACCCAAUACUGCACUGAUGUGCACUAUUCUGUGCCUGGGGACGUUCCUGGGUGCUUAUUACCUGAGAAUAUUCAGAAACAGUCAUUACCUGGGUCGCAGUGCUCGGAGGGCCUUCGGGGACUUUGGUGUACCCCUCAGUAUAAUAACAUUCGUUCUGAUUGAUUUUUUGGCGGACGUCAAGACCGAGAAAUUGCUGGUCCCAGAGGGGUUGACCCCAUCGAUAAGAGGGAGGAGUUGGCUGGUAUCACCCACUGGUGGUGAGAAUGCAGUGCCUGUGUGGAUGGCAUUUGCCUGUGUGGUACCAGCGUUAUUAGUUUAUAUCCUUGUGUUCAUGGAGACUCAGAUAUCGGAGUUGAUAAUUGAUAAGAAGGAGAGAAAAUUGAGAAAGGGGUGCGGUUAUCACAUGGAUAUUGUUGUAGUGUGUCUGAUGAAUGUGGGAUGUGGACUGAUGGGUGCACCCUGGUGUUCAGCAGCCUCAGUGAGAUCACUGACCCACGUGUCAGCUGUUACAGUGAUGUCAAGGACUCAUGCACCUGGUGACAAGCCCCACAUCGUCGAGGUGAAGGAGCAGAGGGUAUCAGCACUUCUUGUUUCCAUUCUUGUUGGUGUAUCUGUCCUGAUGGCUCCACUACUGCGACGCGUACCCAUGGCUGUACUCCUCGGUGUCUUCCUUUACAUGGGAAUAUCAUCGACCAAUGGUGUACAAUUAUUCGAUCGUGUCAAACUCUUCUUCAUGCCAGUCAAGCAUCACGGUGGUGCCAAUUACGUUAGACGCGUACAAACGUACAAAAUGCACAUUUUCACACUUAUUCAGAUAUUCUGCUUGACCGUCCUGUGGAUUGUUAAGAGCACAACAGCUGCCCUGGCACUACCAUUCUUCCUUAUUCUCAUGAUACCACUCAGAGCUCAGAUGACUAGAUUCUUCACACCAGCUGAACUACGAGCACUCGAUACUAAAGAACCUGAUCAUGAGACUGUUGAGGAUGAGCCUGAUUUCUACGAGGAGGCCCCAUUACCUGGUUAGAACAGUUUGUGCCUUAUUCCAUCCCACCCCCUGACUAUUUUAUUCUUCCUAACAAUUAUUCCACUUUGCCACAUUGAUCAGUUGUGGAGAUUGUCGUUAAUCAUUGGCUCAAAAUUUGCAUUUUAAGGGUCGACUAAUUGAGGGACAAGUUUGAGGGGAAUUUUUAUCCCCUUGUUCACAUGAUUUUGUGAGUACUUAUGACAUUGUAGGUGGGCUUAUUUUUGUUAGGUGAAUAAUUGUCAAUUAAUAAUUUAUAGAGCGCGUAGUUGAGGAUUUUUUGGCGUUUAGGGGAGUAGUGGGGAGGGAUUCGAAUUUUUCUCGGUGUCGUGUGAUCUUGUGGCAUCAGCACUGAGAAAUAUUUGAGAUAUCAGUAGUGUAUAUAGAUAAUUACGAUUUUAACGUAGUGAUACACCGCUCAGUUUUACGUUUCACAGACAAGUUAUAUCGACAGAUUUAUUAGAUGAAUACAUUGAUCAUUGGUGCUAACAGUUAUUUAUUCCAUAUGAUUUAUCUUGGAACAUUUGAAAUUGUAACUCGUUGGGAGUUGAUGCUACCUCAGCAAUACCUGAUUGAUGAUUUUGGAGGGAUUUUUAAUCCGUUGGAUCAAGGGAUGUGUACGAUUAGUGGUGCUGUUUGCCAAGGUUUAAGGUGUAAUGUACUUAUGAGUAGAAAAUACUAUCGAACAAAUGGUGCGACAAGUGAAUGAUAAUUCAAGGCUUGUAAACCUCCUCGAAAUAACUUGUGAGAUCCCUAUUUUUCAUGAUAAGAUACAAUCAAAAAAUGCAAGGGUUUCGAGUUGGACAAUAAGACGAAUGCCAUAAGAGUUUAUUAUAUUUGAAAAAUGUACCUGAAUGGUUGAUUAUAUGAUUAUGGAGCUAAGCACAAAGUGUUGAAUCUGAAUCGACAGAAAUAUCCCAUCCGUAUUUUCAAUUUUAUUUAAUCAAAAAUUACAGAAAUAAAAACAGUUUGGUGACAUUUUCAAUUGCGAGGGUAUUAGAGAGAGAUAAAUAUAUUUUGUAACGUGUUGGGUGAAUAGGUUUACACGUGUUGAAUUCAGAGUUGUCGGUAUGAUAAUGUAAUUCCAGAUAUUUCGAGAGAACAGUCGAGCUUUAACACGAAAAUAAAAACAGAACGAGAGAUAUAUUGUAUUUUUGAUUGAUCUUGAGAGACAAUCUUGAGAGAUUGAAUUUAGCCCCAUAGUUACGUUAUUGUGAUAGACUCAUAGACUAUUGGUAAUAUGUAAUUAAAUAUCGAGGAAAAUUAAAACAUUUGAAUAAUUCGAUUCUAUCGACACGUUAUCACGUACACUAUUGCCACUGCAGAUGAUAUAAUAGAUAAUAAUUCAGAGAUUCGUUAAUAUAGUAUUAUGUAAAUAAUCGAGUUAACGUACAGUAUUACGAGUAAUGAAUAAAUCAUAUUUUAAUUUUGUCCUCUA